GUGACUUAAUUACAAAGAAACAGAACCAACCAGAGCCUUCGAUUUGUCUGCUACUGCUGCUUCCACACCUCCGUGCGAGCUGACUCGCCAACUCGAAGCAAGAAAAUGAGUCAGGAAUCAUUCAUCUACAGCUUUGUGGCCAGAGGCACGAUGAUCCUGGCCGAGUACACUGAGUUCACCGGCAACUUCCCGGCGAUUGCGGCGCAGUGUCUGCAGAAACUGCCUUCCUCCAAUAAUAAGUUCACCUACAACUGCGAUCAUCACACCUUCAAUUUCCUCGUCGAGGACGGAUACGCAUACUGUGUUGUUGCCAAAGACUCUGUUGGCAAGCAGAUAUCGAUUGCAUUUUUAGAACGAGUGAGAGCUGACUUCAAAAAAAGAUAUGGGGGUGGUAAAGCAGAUACGGCUAUUGCCAAAAGUCUUAACAAGGAAUUUGGACCAAUAAUGAAAGAGCACAUGAAGUAUAUAAUUGAUCAUGCAGAAGAGAUUGAAAAGCUAUUGAAAGUGAAGGCGCAAGUUUCAGAAGUUAAAAGUAUAAUGUUAGAGAAUAUUGACAAGGCUAUUGAUAGAGGGGAAAACCUGACUGUUCUUGUUGACAAGACUGAAGAUCUUCGUUCUCAGGCCCAAGAUUACAAAAAUAAAGGGACGCAAAUGAGAAGGAAAAUGUGGUAUCAAAACAUGAAGAUAAAGCUGGUCGUUUUCGGAAUCCUCCUACUUCUGAUCUUGGUAAUCUGGCUUUCUAUUUGUCAUGGAUUUGACUGCACGAACUAGUAGUAUUUAGGCACAAAGCAAUUGCUUUCAAAUUAUACGAUACAUGAGCUUCAAUUCACAGAUAGUGUUGAACAUGGAGGGAGAGGGAGAGGCGGGAUGGGGACGGGCGAGGGGAUAGAGUGAGAGAGGAUUCUUACAUUUGUCUUUAUCGAAUUGUUUACUAGAUUUUAUUUGAAUAUAGCAACUAUGCAGACAAGGUUUUGGUGAUUUA